AUGCACAAUGGCCUAUGCGAGGUGAUAGUUACCAAGGAUCGAGAGAUUGCCCAACAGGAUGCACUGAUUGAGGAAAUAGCCCAGAGACUGGAGCAAGUUGGAGUAGCAUUUGUGGACUUCCCGGUGCUGCAUGAGGAUGGUUCAAACCGGGCAAAUCUGAAUUCAUGGACAGUCAAUUGUAUCAUGGUUCCAUAUCUACUAACUGGAGAACUAUUUUCCUGUAUUUCUGCUUACUGGCUUCAGCUAAUGACUCUUCUAUACUUGAUGCAAACAGGACGGAGUGUUGCAUUUCCUGGCCAUUCUUUGGGUUCUGGUCUUACUCCAGCUGCUGCAAAGGAGCUGGGGCUGGCAGUUGGAACUCCUGUAGGAACUUCAUUGAUUGAUGCUCAUGCUGGUGGUGUGGGGGUAAUAGAAAGUGUCCCUGCAUCAGAAUCUGAGUCUAAAGGAGAUGACAAAAACACCAUAUGCCAUCGUAUGGUGUUAGUCUGUGGAACAUCCACUUGCCAUAUGGCUGUAUCCCAGAGAAAAAUUUUCAUUCCAGGGAUUUGGGGACCUUUCUGGUCAGCAAUGGUACCUGAAUACUGGCUCACUGAAGGUGGUCAAAGUGCAACUGGUGCUUUAUUGGAUUAUGUAGUUGAGAACCAUGUUGCUUCUCCUCAUCUUGCGAACCGUGCUGCCUCUCAAGGGAUUUCCAUAUAUGAGCUGUUAAACAGAAUAUUGGAAUCAAUGAUGAAUGAAUUGAAAGCUCCUUUCCUUGCUGCCUUGACUAAAGAUAUACAUGUCCUUCCUGACUUCCAUGGGAACAGGUCACCCAUUGCAGACCCAAAAUCAAAGGGGAUGGUCUGCGGCUUAACUCUCGAUAAAAGUGAAAAACAGCUAACUCUUCUAUACCUUGCUACAGUCCAGGGUAUUGCAUAUGGAACACGCCACAUUGUGGAGCAUUGCAAUUCACAAGGGCACAAAAUUGACACACUUCUUGCAUGUGGUGGACUUGCCAAGAACCCCUUGUACAUUCAAGAACAUGCAGAUAUCAUUGGUUGUCCAUUAAUUCUUCCUAGAGAAAGUGAGUCUGUUCUCUUGGGAGCAUCCAUUCUUGGAGCGGUUGCUGCAAAGAAGUAUUCUAGUCUCCAUGAUGCGAUGAAGGCACUGAAUGCACCUGGUCAGGUCAUUCAUCCUUCUAAGGAUCCAAUUUUGAAGAAGUAUCAUGAUGCCAAAUAUCGGGUUUUCCAGGAGCUUUAUGAGCAGCAGCUGUCUCGUCGUAAAACCAUGGCUGAAGCAUUAGCAUAGAUGCUUCUGUUGUUUAAGGUUAAACUAGUCAUUAUUCAGAUAUACAGCAGUGGUUUAAAUGUAGAAUAGCAUCUUAAGAAAUAAAUUUGCUGCACAAAACCUGUUCACUGGUGACUUUUUGGAGUGUAACUAGGUAAAUUUUCAUGUGAAAUAAGUCCCAAAUGCCAGUAUGCAAUUGCAAGAUUCAGCUUCA